AAGUCUUCUUCUCUUGACUCUUAUCCUCACACAUACACAGUACCUCCUCUCAACUAUAAGUACUUACCACAAUUAUUGAAUCUUUCAAAACGUGACACCCAAAACACCUCUUUCUUUUCCUCUCUCUAUCAUUCUCUUCAACAUGGCUCGCACGCUGAGAAUCCUCCAAUCCACAAACAACGCCACUACGGCGCCGCCGCCGGAGGCCGUGUCGGUGGAAUCAGACUUCGUCGUGAUCCUAGCGGCCCUUCUCUGCGCCCUCAUAUGUGUUGUGGGCCUCAUAGCCAUCGCCCGCUGCGCCUGGCUCCGCCGUGGCCCCGUCGCCGUGGCCGGAAACUCGCCGAGGCAGACCCUCGCCAACAAGGGUCUCAAGAAAAAAGUACUUGACUCGCUGCCCAAGUUCAACUACGUCGACGGUGAGGGCAACCCCAACAAGUUGGUGGCCUCGUCGGAGUGCGCGAUUUGCCUGUCGGAGUUCGCCGCCGGCGACGAGGUCCGGGUGCUGCCGCAGUGCGGCCAUGGGUUCCACGUGGCAUGCAUUGACAAGUGGCUUGAGUCCCACUCCUCGUGCCCCUCCUGCCGCGCCCUCUUCGCGGUGCCCAGGUGCCAGAAAUGUGGCCAGUACCCGGCGGUGAUCGGCGGAGCCACCGCCGUCGCCUUUGCCGGUGGAAGGGAGUUAAAGUUCUUGAAUGGCGACAAUGCCAAUGCCGCUACUAAUGCUAAUUGUAAUAUUAGCCACAGUGUUAAUAACGGUUUCUUGCCUUGAAAGCAGUCCUAGUAUUUUGUAUGUACGUAUAGGUUUUCUUUUCUUUUCUUUUCUUCUUUUUUAUGUCCCUUUAAGCUGAUAAAUUUAUGAAAC